GGGUCCUCCUCUGCUUUUUGGCUUCCUCUUCUGUUUAGCUCCGCCCUCUGCCCGGGGAUUCCCCCCUCCCUCACUCUUAUCCCUGUUGCCGCCGUCCCGAAUUAUUUUAAGUCGUCAACCCUUUCCACAUCACGACGCCUUUUAUAAUGUCCAUCCAUGCUGUCUUUCCUCGUUGUCUGUGCUCCAGCCCCGAAUCUUUCCAUGGCCUCUGCCUUUACCCCUUUUCCUAUUUUGUCCCUUUCCUCCGAUGUCUCUAUGCCACCCCAGCACUGGGUUCCCUUUUCCCUGAUCUAAAGAUUGUGGCCCUCUCUUCCUCUGCUGCUUCUGAUUCCGUUACCCCACUGCCACCCACCCACCCAGCUCCUGGCUUCCAAGAAUUGUCUGUUCCCUUCUCCUGAAGGGAUCUAGGCUCUCCCCAUCAUUCCCAAAGUACUACUUACAUUCUCCUUUGACCUUAAGCCUUACCCUUCUUCUCUGGAGUGCUUUAUGAUUCCUGUAACUUUCUUUAACUUCCCUCUACCCUUCCUCAAUUCCCCCAACCUCUGGAGGUUUGUUUCUGUAGAGGAGAGAUCUGACAGUGCCCCUUCCCAUUCAGGAUUUCCAACUUCAACACCUCCCUCGAGUUUCAAGGGUUUUGCUGAUCCUUGUGACACUUGGUUCUGUUUUCCCUAUGGUCUUUACGUGUUCUCUGUCAUACUCUUUACCUUUACAUACCACUUAUUUCUGGAUCAGCUAAACCUUGAGCUAAGAAGAAAAUGUGUUGGGAGGAAGGGGAGCCUCAGCUGUCUCAGGCUUUUCUCUGGACAGUAGGGUGUUUCUGAAGGAUGGAGCAAGUUUAAAAGAAGUUCCUAUCAGAUUACACUUCGUUGGAGGAACGAACAGUCCUGCAUGGAAACUGAAUGAGCCUGGAAGCUCGAAGUCUGGCUGUGGCCAUGGGGGACACGGUAGUGGAGCCUGCCCCGCUGAAGCCAACUUCUGAGCCCACUCCUGGCCCAUCAGGGAACAAUGGGGGCUCCUUGCUAAGUGUCAUCACGGAGGGGGUCGGGGAACUAUCAGUGAUUGACCCUGAGGUGGCCCAGAAGGCCUGCCAGGAGGUGCUGGAGAAAGUCAAGCUUUUGCAUGGAGGCGUGGCCAUCUCUAGCAGAGGCACCCCACUGGAGUUGGUCAAUGGGGAUGGUGUGGACAGUGAGAUCCGUUGCCUGGACGAUCCACCCUCUCAGAUAAGGGAGGAGGAAGAUGAGAUGGGGGCCACAGUGGCCUCGGGCACAGCCAAGGGAGCAAGAAGGCGGCGGCAGAACAACUCAGCUAAACAGUCUUGGCUGCUGAGGCUGUUUGAGUCGAAACUAUUUGACAUCUCCAUGGCCAUUUCAUACCUGUAUAACUCCAAGGAGCCUGGAGUGCAAGCGUACAUCGGCAACCGGCUCUUCUGCUUUCGUAAUGAGGACGUGGACUUCUAUUUGCCCCAGUUGCUUAACAUGUACAUUCACAUGGAUGAGGACGUGGGUGAUGCCAUCAAGCCCUACAUCGUCCACCGUUGCCGCCAGAGCAUUAACUUUUCUCUCCAGUGUGCCCUGUUGCUGGGGGCCUACUCUUCAGACAUGCACAUUUCCACUCAACGACACUCCCGCGGGACCAAGCUCCGGAAGCUAAUCCUCUCAGAUGAGCUGAAGCCAGCUCACCGAAAGAGGGAGCUGCCCUCCUUGAGCCCAGCCCCUGACACAGGGCUGUCUCCCUCUAAAAGGACUCACCAGCGCUCUAAGUCAGAUGCCACCGCCAGCAUAAGUCUCAGCAGCAACCUGAAACGAACAGCCAGCAAUCCUAAAGUGGAGAAUGAGGAUGAGGAGCUCUCCUCCAGCACCGAGAGUAUUGAUAUUUCAUUCAGUUCCCCCGUCAGACUGGCUCCCGAGCGAGAAUUCAUCAAGUCCCUGAUGGCGAUUGGCAAGCGGCUGGCCACGCUCCCCACCAAGGAACAGAAAACACAGCGGCUGAUCUCAGAGCUCUCCCUGCUGAACCAUAAGCUCCCUGCCCGAGUCUGGCUGCCCACUGCUGCCUUUGACCACCACGUGGUCCGCGUGCCCCACACCCAGGCUGUUGUCCUCAACUCUAAGGACAAGGCUCCCUACCUGAUCUAUGUGGAAGUCCUCGAAUGUGAAAACUUCGACACCACCAACGUCCCCGCCCGGAUCCCGGAGAACCGAAUUCGUAGCACCCGGUCUGUAGAGAACCUGCCCGAAUGCGGCAUCACCCACGAGCAGCGGGCAGGCAGCUUCAGCACUGUGCCCAACUAUGACAACGAUGAUGAGGCCUGGUCGGUGGAUGACAUAGGCGAGCUGCAGGUGGAGCUCCCUGAAGUGCACACCAACAGCUGUGACAACAUCUCCCAGUUCUCCGUGGACAGCAUCACCAGCCAGGAGAGCAAGGAGCCUGUGUUCAUUGCAGCAGGCGACAUCCGACGGCGCCUUUCGGAGCAGCUGGCUCACACCCCCACAGCCUUCAAACGAGACCCAGAAGACCCUUCUGCAGUUGCUCUCAAAGAGCCCUGGCAGGAGAAAGUGCGGCGCAUUAGAGAGGGCUCCCCCUAUGGCCAUCUCCCCAACUGGCGGCUCCUGUCAGUCAUUGUCAAGUGUGGGGAUGACCUUCGGCAGGAGCUGCUGGCCUUCCAGGUGUUGAAGCAACUGCAGUCCAUUUGGGAACAGGAGCGAGUCCCCCUGUGGAUCAAGCCAUACAAGAUUCUUGUGAUUUCGGCCGACAGUGGCAUGAUUGAACCAGUGGUCAAUGCUGUGUCUAUCCACCAGGUGAAGAAACAGUCACAGCUCUCCUUGCUCGAUUACUUCCUGCAGGAGCAUGGCAGUUACACUACUGAGGCAUUCCUCAGUGCCCAGCGCAAUUUUGUGCAGAGUUGUGCUGGCUACUGCUUGGUCUGCUACCUGCUGCAAGUCAAGGACAGACACAAUGGGAAUAUCCUGUUGGACGCAGAAGGCCACAUCAUCCACAUCGACUUUGGCUUCAUCCUGUCCAGCUCACCCCGAAACCUGGGCUUUGAGACAUCAGCCUUUAAGCUGACCACAGAGUUUGUAGACGUGAUGGGCGGCCUGGAUGGCGACAUGUUCAACUACUACAAGAUGCUGAUGCUGCAGGGGCUGAUUGCUGCUCGGAAACACAUGGAUAAGGUGGUGCAGAUCGUGGAGAUCAUGCAGCAAGGUUCUCAGCUUCCUUGCUUCCAUGGCUCCAGUACCAUCCGCAACCUCAAGGAGAGGUUCCACAUGAGCAUGACUGAGGAGCAGCUCCAGCUGCUGGUGGAACAGAUGGUGGACGGCAGCAUGCGGUCUAUCACCACCAAACUCUACGAUGGCUUCCAGUACCUCACCAACGGCAUCAUGUGACAUCCUCCUUCUCAGGCCCCGGAGCAGUGGGGGAUUCAGGGGACCCUCCCUGGGAAGGCCCUUAUCAGAGAAACCCUAAACCAGGAAGCCCCACCCACCCAGCCAUCCACCAAGGGAAAUGGAAGGCAAGAAAUACAGAGGAUCAUGUGGUAACUGUAGAGCUUGCCGGGGGGUUGGGAGAACCAGCCGUGGGGUCCAAACUUGCUGGGGCUUCCCUGCCACCCCCCACCAGCUGUGUCAGUAUUACCACCUGACAGACUCCAGGGCUCACUGCUCUCCAGAGAACAGAAGUGAUAAAUGUGAGGGACACUGGGGCCUUUCUUCUCCUCACUAGGGUUCGAGAGGUUCUUUCCGCAGGCCAUCCUCUUAAUGUGUCCUGGGUCCCAGGAAGGAGAAAAGAGUAGGUUCUUGGUACUAAGGACUUGAUCCUGUGGUUGGCCUUUGGCCAUGCUGCUGCCCAACUCUGUCACCUCCCAGGGACUGACCCCUAGCCCGAGUUCCCCUUGGUAGGUGGGCUUUGGCAUAGGGUCCUGCACUUGCUGAGGUUCCCCAUCCCAGGAGUGAGGAAGGGAAGAAUCACAGCCCCUCCAGUCUGAGGGUAUUGGCCUAGCUGUGGGGAAUUCCUUGCCCUUAUCCUUUCCCCACACCCAGGGAAAUAGCUCUCAAUUUUUUAUUUUUAAUUUUUGUUUGAAAUAAAGUCCUUAGUUAGCCA